AAUGCCGGCACCCAUGUUGCUCUGCCUCCUGCAAUACAUACUCUGUUUUUUUUGGCUGUCCCGUAUACGUUGACUUGCUCCAUCUCGCAGUUCUCUUGCCACCGAAGAUCGGGGACGUGUUGGAUAUUCUACUCAUUGUGCAGACGAAUUCUUUUCCGUGGGUGUCUUAACUCUGCCGGACAUAUUAUGGCUCUUCUUGGCGUGCUUGUUUCCAAGGCUCCUUUGCUUGACGGUCUUAUUUCAUGGUUUUCCUGUGCUUACCAACGAUGCUGUGCAUAGAUGCUGCUCUGCCGC